AUGGACGAAAUUUUUACGAAACUAGCUAUACACACUGCUUCCUUGAAACAAGUUACAAAUUAUAUAGUAAAUAGUGAUUCAUCAUCAUCAUCCACUCAAAAUAAUUUAGAUAUUGAGGAACUUGAACGUGUUAAAGAGAAUUUAGAACUUAGUAUACAAAUGGUACAACCUGCAAUUGAUUUGAUUGAAAUUAUUUCUGCGCGUGGGAAUACUUCAUUGGAGCAAACUGUUAAUUAUACUACACGUUUAAGAAAAGAAAUUGAAUCUUUUGCUCAAAAGAUUUCUUCUGCAUUAGCUGACAAUGAUGAUGUUAAUAUAAUUCAAAAAUUAUUAUCAAAGAAAUGCAAAGCUUGA